UGUCGCUGUUAUGACCCCGUCAUCAUCAGCUGUGCUAAACUGGUGGUUGCGGAGAUUAUGAGAUCUGAUUUAAUCUCUUAUGAUCUGGACGUGGCUAGUUUAGCAUGUUAGCUGCUAGCGAGAGUGAUGGGCGUAAACACUGCGAAUAUUUGAGCUGUGUUAUCAAAAAUGGAUGCUGACAAUGAAGCCAAAGGUAAGGUGAGCGACCAGGCGAUGCAGAACCCACAAGCAUUGGCAGCUCUUCAGGACAAAAUAGACAGCGUCUCACAUAGUGCUUCCAUCAUGGACAGCUUACCAAAGUCUGUGAAAAGAAGAGUCAAUGCCUUAAAGAAUCUUCAGGUUAACAGCACAAACAUCGAAGCCAAGUUUUACAAGGAGGUGCAUGAGCUGGAGAGAAAGUAUAGCGCUCUUUAUCAGCCGUUAUUUGACAAAAGAAAAAACAUAAUCUCUGGAGAAGUGGAACCCACUGAUGAGGAGUGUGAAUGGCAGAGUGACCAUGAGGACGAAGCAGCAUUAGCAGAAGAUCUGAAGAAGAAAGCUGCUCUAGAGGAAAAGACAGAAGAUGCUAAUGAGGAGAAACCCAAAGGAAUUCCAGAGUUUUGGCUCACCAUUUUCCGGAGCGUGGACAUGUUGAGCGAUAUGCUGCAGGAGCAUGACGAACCAAUACUUAAACAUCUUCAGGAUAUUAAAGUGAUAUUUUCUGGUCCUGAUCAGCCGAUGAGCUUCACAUUAGAGUUCCAUUUUGAACCCAAUGAAUACUUUACCAACACAGUUCUCACAAAAGUGUACAAGAUGAAGUCGGAGCCAGAUGCAGAGGAUCCGUUUUCAUUUGAGGGACCAGAAAUCAUCGACUGUGAGGGGUGUGAAAUUGAUUGGCACAAAGGCAAAGAUGUGACGGUAAAAACAAUCAAGAAGAAACAGAAGCACAAAGGCAGAGGGACAGCGAGGGUCAUCACCAAACAAGUGCCCAACGACUCCUUUUUUAACUUUUUCAACCCUAUUAAAGUUUCACCAGAUAAAGAGUUGGAUGAGGAUUCGGAGUACACUUUAGCCACAGACUUUGAAAUCGGUCAUUUCUUCAGGGAAAGAAUCGUUCCCAGAGCAGUUUUGUAUUUCACCGGAGAAGCCCUGGAGGAUGAUGAAAGUUUUGAAGAGGAAGAACUGGAUGAGGGUGAAGAGGAGGACCAAGAGGAGGAGGAUGAAGAUGAUGAAGAGGAGGGAGAUUCCAAGACCGGGGAUCCUCAGCCUGCAGAGUGCAAACAACAGUAGUUUGGAUCACUCACUCCUGCCACUGUCAAACCCCAUCAGCUCAGCUAGAAUCAGCCUGUAGUGCGGCAUACAUUCUCUGAUGAGCGCACCAUCCAACAAAACAAAACAUGAUGAUGCAGUACAUUGGUAAACUAGUUUUUUAUCCUACAAAAUUAGCUUACUUUAAAAUUCAGUUGCUAUACUAAAACACUGUAGAUAAAUUGGGCAGUUCCAGGCUUCAGAAUGUAGAUAUAUACAUAAAUAAAUGCAAAGCUAUUUUUUAAUUACUUAUUCAGACAUGUACAGACAUAAUGAUUUGAGAUAUGUCAUUGCAUAGCCAAAAGAAAAAUAACUUGUGGGAUUGAGAUGAUUUUGCAAGCAUUGUAUUCACAUUCAAAAGUUUUAAGCCUGAAUAAAAUCAAUGGGGUUGUAUUCUGACUGCCUGUGCACAUCAAACCUUUGUCAAGAUUGUUUGUAUUUAACAAAUAGUUUCUCUUCUCAUUUUUUAAGUGUUCUAUGUCAUAACCAUUUUUUAAUGCAGUAUAUCUGUUUAUGUACUUUUUGAACAAAACUGCAUGUUUAUGCACUUAUUUAUUUAUGGAAUGUGCUAGCUAGCUAGCCACUCCAACUAAUGGAUCAGUGAUGUCUUGCAGGCAUCAAAUAAUUCUGUUUAAUCAUAUCUGGCCUCUUUGCAAUAUAAAUAUCUAACAUUUCCAUCUUCAUUUGACUUUCCCUUGAAGGUCGUAAUUUAAAAAAAUAAAUUAAUCUGCACUUCUCUACAUAAGUAUGCUCAGUCGAUGUAGUCUCUUUUUUUUGGGGUUCUUAUUUACAUGUAAAUGUAUUUCAGUAUACAUUAUAUCCAUAAUGCUGGAAUUGCUCGAUUUAGACCGUAAGUAUUCGAAGACGAUAGGGCAAAAGUCCACUGCCAAUGGUCACUGAAUUCUGAGUGAACUGCAGAUGAUUACAUCUUCAAGAUACAUCACAUCCCAAAGUUGACUGAAUUAAUUUAUUUUGUGACUUGAUCUCAUAGGUUACUCAGGGUUUUUUAUGCCAAGAUGACAGUGUGCGAGUAUCCAGCAUUGUGAAACUGUUGAUAUCUAACCUGCUUCAUGUUCUCUUCUGUCUUGUAAAAGAAAGAAGACUUUUGAAAUAUGGCUUUUAGUUAUAACAGAGUUAUUUAUAUCUUUUCCAUCUUUAUAUUAUUGUUUUGAACUCUGUCUUGGUCUUGUGCUUCUUGGUGGAUCCCUGAGAGAAUAUGUUUUGCUUAUGUAUGUACUGUACCCAGUUGAUUAUAGCCCCUUUUAGCAUUUAAAAAUGUUUUUGCUGUACUGCCCAAGCACUUACAAAAAAAGAAAAAUUAAACAUACUUUUAUUGCCAAA